GAAAGCCACAAAGUUUUAUCUAAUCUAUUCUUAUCAUAUCAAGACCAAAUUAAAAUAAUACUUGUCAAAAAAAUCUCCACAACGAAAAUAUUAAAUAACAAUUGUGUUGUUUAAAUAUUUAUAAAAACAUGUCAAGUACUUGUUUACCAUUUUUAGCUGAAUAUGCUAAAAAUGGUAGAGCAUCAUGCACAGCAUGCAAGCAAAAAAUUGCUCAAGAUUUACUUCGUAUUGCCAAAGUUGUACAGAGUCCAUUUCAUGAGGAUUUUAUAACAACCAAUUGGUUUCAUGUUAUAUGUUUUUUUACGAGAGUUAAACCAAAAUCAAUUGAGGAAAUUAAAAAUUUUGAUGCUCUUCGUUUGGAUGAUCAACAAAAAAUACGAGAACAAAUUGAUAAUGCUGGUGGUGCAGAUUCAUCAACAAUUACAGGCACUAAAAAAGGACCAAAACGUCCUAAUAACGAUGAUGAUGAUGAUGAUGACGAUGAUGAUGACGAUGAUGAUGAUGAUGAUGAUGAUGAUAAUGGACACCGUGGUGAUUGUUUUGUUAGACUUCGUGAUAUACGUGAAUUUGAUUCUGCUAUGUCUAGCUUUAAAAUUCCAAAUAAAGAAGAUAAAAAAACAAUAAAAACAAAAUUACCAAAAGAUGCACGACCAUCACCUAAAAAAUUUAAAAUUGAACUUAAUACAAAUGAAGAUGAUAAAUUAAUGAAAAAACAAGAUAAAGAAUUGUUUGAUUUAAAAGAUCACUUGACAAUAUUAUCAAAAAGUCAAUUAAUAAGUUUACUCAAUGCUAAUGAUCAAACUGUACCAGAAGAAAAUUCACGUAUCAUUGAAAAUUUAGCUGAUUUGAUGUGUUUUGGUGUACCAUCACCAUGUGAUAAAUGUAAUGGUAAUUUAAAAUAUAAAUCUGGUGUUGGAUACAAGUGCACAGGUGAUUUAGAUGAAUGGACAAAAUGUGAAAAUGUUAAUAUUGAUCCACCAAAGAAAAAAUUUAAAGUACCAAGUCAUAUGAAAAAGGAUAAUAUAUUUUUAACAACAUAUAAACCAAAAAUUAAAAAGAGAAUAUUUAAACAAACAUUCAGUACAAAAUCUUUGGCAUCUGUUCAAAAAGAAGAAGGUGAUGUUGAUGGACCUGAAGUAAAAGAAACAUUGGCAUUAAAAGCCAAUGAAACUGACGUUAUACCUGAUUUUACAUCGACAGAAGAAAUAGAUAAUUAUGCACAUAACGAUCGGGUCAAAAAGGUAACUGGUGUAAUUUCUGCAGCAUAUUGUAUAAAACGUUUUUAUCAUCAAUAUGCUAAAAAAAAGAUCACAUGUUUUACUGUACUAUUAUCAAAUCGCAAAGGCGGUUCAAUAAGAGUUACAUUUUUCGAUGAUGAUGCGUGGCGUUAUUCAAGAGAAUUAAAUGUUAACAUGGUGAUUACCGUAGAUGGUGGCAGGAUAUUUAACAUGAUUAAUAAUCAAAAUAAAUUUUAUGACUAUUACAACAAAAAAACAGCUGAAAUUAUAUUUAUGGAUUAUUCUACAUUGAAAAUUGAAAAAACUAGCUAUUUUGUUCAGCUGCACCGGAUGGAAGAAGACAAAGAUGUUCCCAGAGUAUUAUCAAUAAAAGAAGUUGAAAUAACUGAUAAUAAACUCAUUGAAUUUGUUUGUUCAAUCAAACGUAUUUAUACAUCAAAGGAUGGUUUCAUUAAAGAAAUCUUAGCUGGUGAUAAUAAUGAUGAUGAAAUAUAUUUGGAAUUUAAAAAUCAAACCAAAAAUGAAAAUCAAUUCAAAGAAGAACAAUUAGUAGUUGUACAAGGCUCAUAUUCUCGAAAGAAAAACGCAUUUAUAAUAAAUAAUAUAGAAAUUUCUGAUGGAGAAUAG